AUGGAAGAUCCUCUUUCCAACUACCUAUUUGAUAGUGACAAAGCCCUCAAAGACCUUGCCAAAGCCAAACUCGAACAAGGAAUCAUGUACAUCAAGAGCUCUCUUUCUGCCUACGGAUUUCCUGAAAUAGGCGAUCUUUUCAAUUCAGACCCAGAUGAAGUCAAAAAAACCAUUGAAUGCUUAUACGCCAUUCUGGAGCAAAGACAAAGAGAUAUGCAAUAUCGAUCUCAAAUGCAAGAAAGGAUGGCUAAGCUAAAAAAUGACAAAGAAAUGUAUAUGUCAAAACUUGAUCUCUUGAAUGAGGACAGUUUUUCUGCUAACUCUGAGGCUGGGAAGCUUCAAAAUAAGCUAAGCAUAGAAAUGCAGAAGUGAAAAAAGGAAAAAGAAAAACUAAUCACUGAGAGAGAUGAAGCUAGAAAAGACAUUGCGAAGCUCCAAGGACGAGAAGGGCAUCUAUUUCAUGAAAUUAAGAAAAAAGACUCAGAGAUUCAGAGGCUCAAGGAGCAGCUGCGAAAAGUUUUGGGAGAAAAAGACUUGAUAUAUCAAAAUCAUGUAGAUAUGACAGAAAACUUACAUAGCGAAGGGCCGAAGAUGUUUGGGCAGACUGGGGAAGGGGAAUUUACAUUUUUAGUAACUAGAGGAUAUACUUAGUUAGACUGGAUUUGUUGUUAAUUAUAGCCUUAAUAUAAAUCGAUUAUUCAUAUUAGGUAAAUAUAUGAAGAAAAUCAAGCUUCAUUAUUAAACGAAAACCAAGAGCUUAGAUCAGCUUUUGAAAGCUUGCAAAGGGAACUUCAUAAUAUCAUAAAAGAAAAAAAAGAAUAUUUAACUAAUCCAGAUGAGGCUUUGGAGCAACUAGAAUUGAUUGGCAUCCAAAAAGAAAUCUUCCAAAUGCCUUUUCAGUCAGUAAGUGAAGAUGUUGUCAAAACUUUUGAAGAAAAUAUAAAGAGGUUUAGGUUCUUUAUUGAUGAGAUUUGCAGAAUCCCAGGAUUAUUGAAAAACGAAUAA